AUGUAGGGAUUAAUACUUAUAAUCAUAGUAGUUGGAGAACUGGCCAUACACCCAAAAGUCCUCGUCGAAAAUCUUGAAGAGGGAUGAGCUUUUGUGGGUAGAAGAGAGAGAUGAGGAAUAUUUUUCAAGUGUUCGAUGGGGUGAAGCCAGCAAUAUUAAUGGUGGUAGUUCAUAUUGCGUAUACUGGAGUCAAUGUCUUAUACAAAUUGGCUGCAAAUGAAGGACUCAAUCUGAGGAUUCUUAUUGCCUACAGAUGGAUUUUUUCAUCUGCCUUUCUGGUUCCUCUAGCUCUCAUUGUUGAAAGGAAGAGCAGACCAAAGCUUACAAGAGUGGUUCUCUUUCAAGCCUUUCUUUGUGGGUUAUUUGGAGGAUUAGCAAGUCAGAAUUUGUACUUGGAAAGUUUAGCCUUAACAUCAGCAACAUAUGUGACUGCCAUCUCCAACCUUCUUCCAGCAAUAACAUUGAUACUGGCUCUCUCUUUUAGGUUGGAAAAUUUGGAGAUAAAAACAACAAUAGGGAAGGCCAAGGUGAUGGGAACAAUAGUGGGAAUUGGUGGAGCUAUGCUUCUGAGUUUAUAUAAAGGUCCAGAGACCAACGUUUGGUCACUAAAGCUUCACCUAUUGAGAAGAAGUCAGCAUCAACAUAGCCAUAUUUCUUCCACUCAUGUUCUUGGCUCAUCCUUGGCUUUUGGCAGUUGCACCUCUUAUGCCUUGUGGUUGAUUGUUCAGACUAAGAUGAGUAAGAGAUAUCCAUGUCAUUAUUCAAGCUCAGCUCUAAUGUCUAUAAUGGCAUCAAUCCAGUGUGUGAUUUUGUCAUUAUGUAUGGAGAGAAAUUGGAGCCAAUGGAAGUUGGGAUGGAAUCUUAUGCUUCUCACUGUCUUAUAUUCGGGGAUUGUGAUUGCUGGACUAGUCGUUGUUCUCAUUGCUUGGUGUGUGCACGUGAGAGGGCCAGUGUUUGUGGCUAAUUUUAACCCUCUUUCCCUUCUGCUUACAGCCAUCAUGGGAUCUUUGAUACUAGAAGAAAAACUACACCUUGGAAGCAUAUUAGGAGCUGGGCUAAUAGUGUGUGGAUUAUACAUGGUUCUUUGGGGUAAAGACAAGGAGAUGAAGGAAAAACUACUGCCAAGAGAAACUUCCAUUAAAUCUGACAACAUAGAGAUUGUUAAUGAAGGUGAUCAGCCAGCGUUAAAUGCUUUUGUAGAUGAAGACCCAUUACCAAAGGAGCAGAAUGGUGAAAAGAAAUUGGGUUUCUGCUUUUGGUUGAACUUCUUUAGUUCUCUUUUUAAACAAAAGAAAACUGAUGGACCGAACUGAAUUCCAACAAAAGUAUUUGAUAGAGGUGAUGCUCUAGAGAAAUACUGUUUCUAUUAUAUCAUGUAAAUCGUAAUUUCCAUAAUGGUUUUUCUAUUUUGUUUUAAGUUUAAAAUGUGUAGUAUCUUGUUGGAAAUUCUAUGAUAUAAGUGAUGGAACUUAUCUAGUAUAAAUAAUA